CAUCUUUUACUCUCUCUAUCUCUCUCUUCUCCUCUCACACCCACUAGUCUUCGAGAUCCAAGGCAUUCAAAUCAGUUACUUGACGUUAUGGAAGCAGCAGAUGAUAGAUAGAGAGAUAUCAUAAAGAGAGAGAGAGAGAAUAAAUUUGAUCGUGUGAGAGAGAGAGACAGAGAGAUGAUGUGGAGAUGGUCGUGUAUUUUCCUGAAACAGAGUCUGUCGUCGGCGGUUGGGUACAAACCGAAGGCGAAGGCGGCGUUAGGGCUGAGGGUGGUGUGUGCAUCGUUUUCAACGGAGUCGGGCGGCGGCGGAAGUGGUGGUGAUGCGGUCGGAGGAGGAGGGGAUAAUAAUAAUAGUAGUAUGUCGUUUGCGGAGGCGAAGAAGCUGAUGAGAUUGGUAAAUGUGGAAGCGUUGAAGAUGAAGCUAGGGGGUGAAGAGAAAGAGGUGAUCUGCUAUUCUGAGCUCCUCCAAGCCUGUGAGAGUAUGGGCGUUGCCAAAUCUCGCCACGAAGCUGCUGCUUUCGCCCGUGUUCUUGAUGAGGCCGGUGUUGUUCUUCUCUUCAGAGACAAAGUCUAUCUUCAUCCCGAUAAGGUGGUGGAUCUGGUUAGAAGAGCAGUGCCCCUUGCCCUGACACCUGAAGACGACCCCAGGAGGGAUGAGCUAAAGAAGCUCCAGGAGAAGAAGGAAGAAAUCGACAUGCUGGCACAUAAGCAGGUCCGGUGCAUCCUCUGGUCAGGGCUAGGGUUGGCUAUCAUGCAGGUCGGGCUCUUCUUUCGUCUUACAUUCUGGGAAUUCUCAUGGGAUGUUAUGGAGCCAAUUGCAUUUUUCACCACCACCACUGGCUUAGUCAUAGGUUAUGCCUACUUCCUGUUUACUUCGAGAGACCCAACUUACCAAGACCUAAGGAAGAGGCUUUUUCUGUCAAGGCGAAGGAAGCUCAUCAAGAGGCGCAGUUUUGAUGUGGAUAGGUUCAACGAGUUACAGAAGAAAUGCAAGUGUCCCCUAGAUGCCCAUGCCUUUCCCAAACAAAGGAUAGGAGGGUUGGAACUGGAACCAGAAGACGCUUUGCAUUAGGCGCUAACACAAAUUCUUCUAGUUAACAACCUAGCCCGCUAGCCCCUUCUAUUUUCUCCAAGGCGGCAAAUAUAUUUAUAUUAACUGGGUUCCUGAUCCCAAUUUUCUUUUGAUGCUCAGUUUCUCAAUGCUAUUUUUUUUGUUUUUUUUAACCCCAAUUGGAAAGAACUUGUGGGGAUGAAAGAUAGGUUACUGAGUUGAUUGAGAGGGUUGAGUCCCUUGUGAAAGGCCUGGAAUCCAUGCUAACUGUGUUCAUUGCCUUGGCAUUCAAUCUGUAUUUUGGCUGUUUCAACGGCUAGGAAAUUCUAAUUUUACAAACUCAAAUAGAAUAGCAUGCCUUUCUACAAAAAUGAUAAGACUUUCUUGUGAUGA